AUGCCGCCAAUCGCUCUGCUAAAAAAGGUACUUCGCAUCAUAACUGCAUUGCCUAGGUCCUCCCGUGUUUUCAAUGCUAGAUUCGCAAAGUCUUUACUAUACCGCCAGCAACAUGUCCAGUGUUUAACAAGUGUGGCAUGGAUCCUUUGUGGAAAGAACACGGCCGAAGCCUUGAAGCCUACUGAGGAUAAAAAGGUUGGGAAAUGGAAGGCAUCUGCCAAUAGAAACAGCAUAUGGAAAGCCAAGAAGGAGAGAAAGGCUAAAAAAGAUGCUAAUAGACCAAAGAGGCCACCUGGUACUUUCUUUGUGUUCCUUGAGGAGUUUAGAGCUACUUUCAAGAGGGAACAUCCCAAUGUGAAGGCCAUAUUAGUUGUUGGAAAAGCUACUGGAGAGAAGUGGAAAUCCAUGUCUAUGGAUGAUGAAGCAAGUGCUGAAACCAAAGUUGCAAAACGGAAAGCUGACUAUGAAAAGCGAAUGAAUCUCUACAACAAGAAACAGGUGAACAAGCAUUGCUUUGCUUUACUACUUGACUUACUUGACUGA